AUGACAAUCGCGCUACGAAACUUACUUUGGAAGCGCCAGGGACUCUCAGUCUUUCCCCAACCAAAGAAUUAUGUGCAUCUUCCAUCAUUGUCUUCUGACCUUAUCAUUCUCCCAGCGUAUGCCAAGAUGCACCGCUCAAUGACAAGAUGUACGACCUGUCGGGUCUCAAUCCUCGAUGCGUUUACGUCGCUCGCCGGUGUCUCGAUACCGGCCGCCGUACGACGACAACUACUCGUGCAGCCGCAAGUGCAGCCGGUACGGCAUUUCAGCCAACUCAGGAUACUAAGGCAGUCGUCCUCUCCCCCGGUAUCUGAAACCUCAGAUACGCUCCAGUCACCACCAGCCGCUGAGCAAGUCGAGCCUCAAACCUCGAUUCCGUGGUAUCUCCAGAUCGAAGAACCUGCACCACCCAGCACGAACUUCUCCCCCCUCCUUUCCCGACAAGAGAUCCCACCAUUGCCAGAAAACCCACCUGUGAUCCUGGCCCCAGUCCUCGAAUACCUGUCUACCCAGGUCGGAUUAGACGAUCUCGUCUUGCUAGACCUCCGCCACCUCGAUCCCCCACCGGCUCUUGGUUCCAACUUGAUCAUGAUCAUUGGAACAGCACGAAGUGUGAAGCACCUGAAUGUCUCCGCCGACAGGCUCUGUCGCUGGGUCAGAAGGGAGUACCAACUGCGGCCGUUUGCGGAUGGAUUACUAGGCCGGAACGAGCUGAAGCUGAAGCUGCGGAGGAAAGCCAGGAGGCUCAAGUUGGCGCAGAGUGUCGGCAACACGACGGUGGAAAACGAGAGUGUUGAUGAUGGAAUCACAACUGGGUGGAUUUGUGUCAAUAUGGGCCAGGUUGACGUGGACCUCUCUAGUGGACAACAUGGUGUGAACACCCCAGCUGUUGUUGUUGACCAGGCAGAAGGAGAGGAGGAGGAAUAUCACAAUCCACCCGAGGAAGACACUUAUGUGGGAUUCGGAAGCCAGAGUAAAGCCCCUCGCAUCGUGGUGCAAAUGUUCACGGAUGAAAAACGGGCCGAUAUGGAUCUCGAGGGCCUCUGGGCAGGUCGAAACACACGACGAGAGCGACAGGCACAGCGCGCUGAUGCGGCUUUUGAACGUAACGUCGUCGAAGAUAAUGUCGAGUUCGAGUCUACUUCUUUUGAGGAGAAGCAGUCUGAACAACGAGUUGGGAGGAAGGAAGUCGAAAGCUCCUGGAAUGCGAGCAGGACUCUGGCAGAUCGCGGUGGAUGGAGGCCUUUCGACAACACAGGGAAUAGGUGA